CCGUUUGACAGGGUUUUGAAAGCCCAGAUACUGAGGUAAAACAGCUGUGAGAACAGCUAAAUUUGCCAACAGACCCUACCUACUUACUAUAGAGUUUAUUCUCUUCCAGAAUUCUUUAUUCUUUAUUAUUUCUUCUAUUCUGUGAUCAUGGCUUCUAUAUUUCCCUCUCCUUCUAAUACAAUAGAAAGCGAACGUUAACAUUAACAAUGUCCCUUCAAUUUCAAUUGAAAACCCCUUUCCCUUCCCUCCAUCCUUUUCACCACAAAUCCAAUCCUCUUCAAUUUCCUUCCGUUUCCACUCUCAAACUACCUUCUAAAACCCUUCUUAAACCUCUUAAUUCCAUCAAACUCCCUUCUCUCCUUCCUUCCACUCCACAAAGCCCCAAUCAAUACAAACAACAACAGUCCAAUUCAUUUUCCAACACUUUCCACUCUUUCUCCACAAUCAGACCCUACAUUCUCUCCCAGCACAAGCCCAUCCUCCUUGGUUGGUUCUCUAGCCUUGUCUCUGUUAUCUCUCUCUCCCAACUCGUCCCCAGAAUUGGCCAAUUCUCAGCGACAAUCGGGAAAAUUGAUGCUGUUAGACUCAGAAAUGAGGGGCUAGUACUUGGUGCUGUCUUUUUGGCCAAGCUAAUUGCUACUUACUGGCAGCAGGCACUUUUAUGGGAGGCAGCGGUCAGUGCCGGUUAUGAGAUCAGGGUUCAUGUUUUUGAGAGGGUAUUGCAGAGGGAAUUGGAUUUUUAUGAAGGAGGAAAUGGGGUUUCUAGUGGGGAUAUUGCUUAUAGGAUCACUGCAGAGGCUGCUGAUCUUACUGAUACUCUGUAUGCUCUUCUCAAUACCAUUGUACCCAGCGCCCUGCAGUUAUCAGUUAUGGCAUCACAGAUGUUGGCUAUCAGCCCUGUACUUUCCUUGAUUUCAGCCAUGGUCAUACCAUGCAUAGCUCUUGUUAUUGCAUAUCUUGGUGAAAUGCUUCGUAAGAUAUCUAAGAACGCAAAUCUUAGCACUGCAACUCUUUCGGCCUACCUCAAUGAGGUCCUUCCAGCCAUUCUUUUUGUGAAAGCAAACAAUGCAGAGCUAUGUGAGAGUGCUAGGUUUCAAAGGCUUGCCUAUGCUGACCUAUCUGAACACCUUAAAAAGAAGAAAAUGAAAGCACUCAUCCCCCAGAUCAUACAGAUUAUUUAUUUUGGAGCAUUAUUUACCCUUUGUUGUGGGUCACUGGUGAUUUCAUGUGGUUGUUUUGAUGGCUGUAGCAUGGUUUCUUUUGUAACAUCAUUGAUUUUCUUGGUGGAGCCAAUCCAGGAUGUUGGAAAGGCAUACAAUGAAUGGAAGCAAGGAGAACCAGCUAUUGAACGACUAUUUGAUUUGACCAGCUUAAAAUCUAAGGUGAUUGAGAAACCGAAUGCUGUUGAUUUGGACCAUGUUAGAGGAGAUGUCAAAUUUUGUGAUAUCUCAUUUAAGUAUGGCGACAACAGGCCUCUUGUUUUGAAUGAAUUGAACCUUCAUAUUAAAGCUGGAGAGACAGUAGCACUUGUUGGGCCGUCCGGAGGAGGAAAGACAACGCUUGUUAAAUUGCUUCUGCGGCUUUAUAAUCCUUCAUCUGGUUGUGUACUUAUUGAUAACCAAAAUAUCCAAGACAUCCGAUUGGAAAGUUUGAGGAGGCAUGUUGGUUUGGUUUCUCAAGAUAUAACACUUUUUUCAGGAACAGUUGCUGAAAAUAUUGGAUAUAGAGAUCUGAUGACUGAAAUAGACAUGGAGAAGGUUGAGAUGGCAGCAAGAACUGCAAAUGCUGACGAAUUUAUUAGAAAGCUCCCUAAAGGGUACAAAACAAAUAUUGGACCAAGGGGCUCAAGUUUAAGUGGAGGCCAGAGACAAAGACUAGCUAUUGCAAGGGCACUGUAUCAAGAUUCUUCUAUAUUGAUUUUGGAUGAAGCAACUUCUGCUCUAGAUAGCAGGUCUGAGUUAUUGGUGAGACAAGCUGUGCAACGUUUAAUGGAAAACCAUACUGUUCUUGUCAUUGCUCACCGGUUGGAAACAGUUAUGAUGGCUAAGCGGAUAUUCAUUUUAAACGAUGGAAAACUUGAAGAAUUGACUAGCUUAAAUCUUUUGGGAGGUCACAACAAUUCCCCAUUACUGACUGGACUUGUGAUUUGAGGGCAUGGCUGGCAAUAUAAUGGACAGACGAUAGGAGUAUAAACAGAGGCAUGUACAGCAUACAAAAAGUUUUUGUUGAGGUUUUUCAAUUGUUCAAUAACAUUGAAGAAGAGAUAUUCAUACUUCUGCAUGAUUUAGUAUUAAGCCUUGAUUUGAAUUAGUAACAAUUGGAGGUCUGCUAUUUGUGUAUAUUUUUAUGAUGUAUAUGUAAAAGCAUUGUUACCCUUUUCAGUUUAUUAUCUCAGAGUUAGGUUGGUUCUCCAGAGGAGCUUAUUUAGAAAAUAUGAAAAUAGAAUGUUCUCUUUUAUAUACAUAUUUGCUUCCUUUUCUA